GUGACGUCAGUGCGGCAGGAGGAAAAAAAGUGCGCGCGGAAUUUCUUCAUUUGUUUCAGUAAGAGAGUUGGGUAGUGGAGUGUAUAGCGUAUAUUUAACCAAACAAAUAAACCAAAUAAGCAAGUUGUUGGAUAAAAUGUCUCAUAGUGUCGAAGCGGAUUUACCACCGAACUUGUCAUGCCUGAAAAAUUUCGACACUUUGCUCCGAUGCCCCAUUUGCUUCGACUUCUUGAAUAUAUCCAUGAUGACUCAGUGCUCUCAUAACUUUUGCUCCCUCUGUAUACGCAAAUUUCUUUCCUACAAGUUGCUGUGUCCAGUUUGCAACACGCCCCUGACAGAACAAGAGCUGAGGAACAACAGACUGUUAGAUGACCUUGUUCAGAGCUUCCAAGCUGUGAGGCAACAGCUGUCUCAGGCGAAUUUUGAGUCCCCGCCGAUCUCCCCCAAGACCCCGACAACGGCUGUCGGAGGGAAAGCAGCGAGGCAGAAAGCCCUUAAGAAAGAAAGCGCCACUCUGACUCGCUUUUUCCAAAAACGAGCCCCAGUCAACUCUUCCACAGGAGCAUUGUCAGGCUCUAAGGGUCUGCACCCAGUGAAACAGGAGCCCAUGGAGGUGUGUGUGCAGGAAGCCCUGCUGCCUGACAGUGCAAUGACUGUGACCACAGCAGUGAAGGAAGAGAAGCUGGAUGUGCCUGUUUUUCCCUCCACAUCACAGGAUAUUAAACCUGUAGUCAAAGUGGAGUGUCCAGUGUGUGGCGUGGGAGUGUCUCAGCAACACAUUAACAAACAUCUAGAUACGUGUCUGGCCAGAGGGGAGAAGAAGGACAGUCUUAGAAGGUCUGACCAACUAGGCUUUUCCUGUUCUGCAUUUAUAGAGCCCAAUUGUCGGAAGCGCAGGCCGAUGGCUAAGCUGGUGUACAACCUGCUGACAAUGGGCGAGCUGAAGAGAAGGCUGAGAGAGUGCCAUCUGUCCACACAAGGCUCCAGAGAUCAGCUCAUUCGACGGCAUCAGGAGUUCACGCACAUCUACAACGCACAGUGUGAUGCGCUCAACCCCAGAUUAAGUGAGGACAUUGCAAAAGAAGUUGAAAACAACGAGAAGACGAGGAACCAGCUAAAGAGUGAAAGUAAACCUGUAAUACUCAUCAAUAAAAACCACAAAGUUGAAGAAAUCGAACAACUGCAUUCAGAUUAUCGAAAACAGCACAGCAGUGAGUUUUCCCGUUUAAUUGCUCAGGUCAGAGGUCGUUUGGAAAAUUCUAGGAGAACACAAAUCAAGCAGGAAGGCGGAAAAUCGUCCGAGGCAUCGUGCUGCAGCGCUGAAGACACGGUAGUCUCAAGCACAACCCAGCCCCCGGCUUCUUCGACAUUAGAUGUUGGCAACUAUGAGAACACUGUUAUAGAAGUUGGGUCAAGGUCACCAAGCCCUACUCUCAGCGAAGUGUCUGUCAGCAGCUCCAUUUCUGAUGUUUUCAAUUGAAGACCAUAAAGAAGCUACUUGUUGACUGCAUGUACUCUAGCAGGAGAAAUACGAUGCUUUGGUUCGGAUUUUGCGCCAUUAGACUUUCGACCUCCAGGCUUUCAAGCUCCGGACUUGUGGAAAACAUGGCUGCUUUUUUAUGUUUAACUUUUGAUUUAUUUAUUUAGAUUUUUUUUUUUUUUUCCUCUCAAGUAAAAUACUGAAUCACUUGAUAUUCACUUAAACAGUCUAUUCAUACCAAGGAUUACCAGUGAGAGGAAAUUUCAUGUUUAUACUUUUAUUUUCACCCACUAUUGUUUCUAUAUGUAAAAUUAUACAAAGCGCUGGUUCUUUGCUGAUGUCAUGUCAAACAUUUUUUUUCCUUUC